AUGAUCCCGUCUACUUCCUCACCCGAUGCGUACCAUCAAACAAGAGUUGUACAGCUGCAAAUCAAGUCAUCAAACUCCAACUUACAACAAAUGGAACGCAAGACCCACACGACAACAGUGUCAGAGUACCAAUUGGAAAUGUUGGAGCACCUAUUAUCAGUUGAGUCAUGCACGUUGCCCAAUGCGUCACUAAUUGAACAACAACCAGAGAUCAAGUUGAGUAUGAGACCAUUGUUGCUUGACUUUUUAAUGGAGGUGAUUACAAUCCUCAACUUGUCGCGAUCGACGUUUCCCUUGACGGUGAAUUUGAUUGAUCGCUAUUGUUCCACUCGUAUUGUCAAGAAGCAACAUUACCAAUUGUUGGGGUUGACUAGCUUAUGGAUCAGUUGCAAAAACUUGGACCCAAAGUUCAAGAUACCCACCUUGAAUGACUUGCGCAAGAUUUGUGUUGAUAGUUACAACAAGGAGUUGUUUAUCGAAAUGGAGAAACAUAUCCUCAAGUCGUUGGAGUGGGUCAUUAAUAGUCCCACAUUUGAUGCGUUUGUUGAUGUUUUCCUCAACAUGUUGGUGUCGGUUGGUGAUGAUAAUGCAUUGGUUAUCAAGAAGUGCUACAACAAGAUUAAACUUUCAUCAUACUACCUUGGCGAACUAUUCCAGUUUUAUCCAAACAUGUAUUUCGAAUACUCGCCAUCACAAAUUGCCAUCCUUGCAAUCAUGUCAAGCAUCUCGACGUUGAAACUUUCUGUCAAUAUCACCACCAUUUUAGAUUUAUAUAAUAAGCUAUUGGGAAACACCACGAGGCAAUUGACGAUGGAGAAUUUCCAAAGUGUCUACAAAGCCAUCAGAGUAUUGGCAUUGCCCAACAGUUUACAACAACGGUAUUGUGUUAAUCAAAACAUCAACAACGGUGCCAACAACCACAACAAUAAUGGCAAUGUGAAUCCCAAUCUACCACCAAAAACACCAAAAGUUUCAAUGCCAUUGACACCGGGGCCAAGUCCAGAAGAGAAGAUUUCAAGGAAAAGGCAUGGUGGUCAUAUUGACCCGCCGAUGAUGGUUCAUGAACGAAAGAGGAGUUGUAUAGAUUUAGGAGUUAGAAUAUGA